AUGGAUCCACCCUGGGCAGCUAUCUGCAAAUCCGAGCAUUGGCUUGAAUACCCCAGGGUAAAUGCAAAAGAGAUUCGAUUGGCUCAAACUUCUCAAACUUCCUCAAAUACCAACCUCAACCUUGUGAUGUUCAACGAUCGGAUUAGCUGGUUUAAGCCUGUUUUGACCGGGGUCGAUAAUCUUCCGUACAUUCGAGAAAUCGAUAUACUCUUCAAACUCUCUCGGGAAAAUCCCAGCCAUAAGUUACUACGCUGCCCGCGGCUAGAGGCCAUUGUACUCGAUGACAAGAAUGGCGAUAUGGGAUGUAUCAAUGGUCUUAUUCUCUCCGCCAUCUAUCCUAAUCAUGGGACUAUAGCGGAUCGAGUCAAUAGACCCGAAGGACUAUCACCCUCCAUUACCUUGUGUGAACGCUGGUAUCAUGACGUCGAGAACAUGAUACAUGUCUUGCACAAUAAAGGCUUCAUCUGGGGCGAUGUUUCACCGAACAAUAUGAUGAUUGACGAGGAUGAAAAUGUCUGGAUCAUUGAUUUCGGUGGUGGAUACACUGAGGGCUGGGUCGAACAGGAGGACAUGGAGACCAAGAAGGGGGAUCUAGAAGGACUCCAGAGGAUCAAGGAGUUCUUGUUGGAUAGUCCUAGUAUGAACCGGAUAGAAAAUGCCACAGUGUGA